CAACCACCGCAAUUUACUGAACUAAUGUUUUCCUUAUUCCCAUGAAUACCACUCAUCCUCACUCUGAAACCGCUUUUUACUUCUUUCCACACCAUGCAUAAAACCACCAUCCAAAACCAUAGUAGUUACACCCUCCAUAUCAAUCAUCAGAUCUUCGUUGCUGGGUGUACAAGAAAUCAACACCCAAUCAUCCAAUGACAGUUUAUCAGCAACCCCCUUGUAAUUCUCUCUCUUCAUUCAAAAGCUACCAAUUUUCUCUCUCCUCUUAUUUUUCCUCUUUAAUCCAGCCUUAUUAUAUACAUCUUUCCUCAAAACCUAUCUCAAAUAGGAGGAAUAACUCCUCCCACAACACCUGUCCAAUUCUCUUCUUCACUCACAAGAUCCCAAUCUGUCCUCUCUCUUGACCCUCUUCAAACAUAUAUACAUCUCCCCUCAAAACCCAAAGGGAAAAUCCCAUCUUUCAUCAUGGGGUUUUUCCAGUCCUCCAUCAGGUCCAAAACCCAUCAAUCUUCCACCCUUAAGCUCCUCCUCUUAGUAUUUUCCCUUGUUUUCCUCCUCCUCUUCAUUCUGAGAUCAAAUCUCUCAUCCCCACUAUCUCCUUCAUCACCAUCAUCAUCUUCAAAACUGUCCUCCUCAUCCACUUCAGUCCAAUCGUCAUCAUCCCCAUUAGAGGCAUCAUCAUCGUCCCCAUCACCAACUCUGUGCAAACCAUCAUCAUCAUGCACAAAGCUCCCUGAAGCAAUAGUCCAGUCCUUGAUCCACUAUGCAACCUCAAACACAACACCCCAACAAACCAUAAAGGAAAUCUCCAUCACCUCCAGUGUCCUCCUCCAAAAAUCCCCAUGCAAUUUCCUCAUCUUUGGCCUUGGCCAUGACAGCCUCCUGUGGAGCUCCCUCAACUACAAUGGAAGAACGGUCUUCUUAGAGGAAGACAAAGCCUGGAUUCAACAAAUAACCCAGAAGAUCCCAAACCUAGAAGCCUACCACCUCCAAUACACUACCAGAGUCAGUGAAGCUGAUGAGCUCCUAAAAUAUGGAGAAACAGAGGAAUGCAGAAGAGUUCAAAACCCAAGAGACUCAGACUGUAGACUUUCCAUUAAAGGAAUGCCUGAUGAGUUAUAUGAGGUGAAUUGGGACCUUAUAAUGGUUGAUGCUCCAACUGGGUAUUUUAGUGGAGCACCAGGGAGGAUGACUGCGAUAUACACAGCAGGGAUGAUAGCACGGAGUAGGAGAGAUGGGGGAGAAACUGAUGUUUUUGUUCAUGACUGUGACAGACCUGUUGAGGACAAGUAUUCAAUGAGUUUCUUAUGUGAAGGGUAUAUGAAAAAUGCGGAAGGGAGGUUGAGGCACUUCCUUAUUCCAAGCCAGCUCUCUAAUCCAGGAAGCUUUUGCCCUUGAUUUGGGUAUGGUUUAUUUUUUUCCCUCGACUUGGAUAAACUUUAUUUUUCAUGAAAUGUUUAGGGUUGGAUGGCUUAUGUCAAGUACCAAGCUUUUGUCUAGAGAUCUUGCCAUUCCUUCCCAAAUUUGCAAAUUUAGGAAGCAUUUUCAUUUUUGAGUCAAUGUAUGGGGAUGGUUAUGUAUGUUGAGGUUGGGAUGAUAGAUCUCUAUUUUUUGAGAUAUAAUCACCUACCCAACUUUACAUUUUUUAAGUUUGGGCACUGUCUUAUUGAUUCAUUUA